AUGCUGGCCAGGUCCUGUGCUUUUGCCCGGCUCAACGCCAGAUCCCAAUGGGUCCGCUAUAAUUCGUCUUAUCCCAUCCAUCGCUUCGCCGAGCUCGCUAGUCGCCCAUCCUCGCGCCACCAGAUCUAUCAGUCACUAUCGACAGACCCUUACGUCAAUCUAUCGAUUGAGCACUUCCUACUAGAGAAAGCCCCAGCCGACUCGAGUAUCCUCUUCCUCUAUAUCAACCGACCAUGUGUUGUGAUCGGUCGCAACCAGAACCCCUGGCUUGAGACCGAUCUCCGCGUCCUACACAAUGAUCGCCGGCCCGAAAAUAAAAAUACACCCCAGGACGAUGCGGCCGUUUUUGUUCGGCGACGUUCCGGCGGCGGAGCGGUCUUUCACGAUGAAGGGAAUCUCAAUUAUAGUGUGAUUUCACCCCGAACAUCUUUUACCCGGGAUAAGCAUGCGGAGAUGGUGGUUCGCGCGUUGCAUCGCGUUGGAGCCGUCAACACCAGCGUCAAUGUACGACACGAUAUCGUCAUGACCCCAGGGGAAGAGCUACAAAAGGAUCCCCAUGAGCCUCCUACGCGCAAAGUCUCCGGGUCUGCCUUCAAACUCACCCGCCACCGAGCUUUACACCACGGUACUUGUUUGCUGGAUUCGCCCAAUAUCCACGACUUAGGUCGAUUCUUGCGCUCCCCGGCUCGCGGACUCAUUCAGGCACGAGGCGUGGAUAGUGUUCGGUCACCCGUCGGCAAUGUCUCGCGCGAUGUGGCCGACUCGUUUUUCUCAAUGCAGGCCGUGAUGGAUAAUGUCAUUGAGGAAUUUGCGCGCCUUUAUGGAGUUCACUCUGAUGCUCUCCUGCGAGCGCGACGCGCUCGCGCUUUGGAGCCCGAGAUUUUUGCUGGUGAUGACUGGGUGUCGGGUACAGUGGGUGAAGCCCAUGAGGAGCAGGAGCCGCAGAUCAGGAAGGGUGUUGAUGAGUUGCGGUCAUUGGAGUGGAAAUAUACACAAACUCCGCAAUUCACUUUCUCAACAUAUCCCAUCGAGGACGAUCCCCGGGAGCGUCCACCUCUUCCGUCCUCACUUCCCCCUUCGACACGCGCUUUCCUUCGCCUGAAGCAUGGGGCUGUCAUUGAAAGCAACAUCUCGCUUUCCUCAGACGAGACUGUUGCUUCUGAGCAAGCGACCCGCGUGCAUCAAGUCUUGAACGGCCAGAAAUUGCACGAGAUCACCCUUGAACGUUGGGUUGAGAUUUUGCAACAAGGUCUUGCUGGUACAGACGGGGCAACCGAAUCUGUCGUACAGGAGCUUUCCCGAUUUCUCGGAGAUAUGCUCGGAGGCCAUUAA